CGGGUGGGCCGGAGGCGGUCGGGCUGGGGCUGAGGGUGAGGCGGCGGCGGCGGUCGGGUGCCCGGGACAGCGACGCAGCGCGCCGGCGGCCGCGACAGGGCCGGCGAGAGCCCCGCAGCCCGCCGCAGCCGCCGCCUCGCCGCGGCCGGGCCGGAGAGCACGGCGGCGGGAGCGCGGCCUUAGAAGGCGGCCGGAGCGGCAGGCACAGCUCGGCGCGGAGCGUCCUGUCAGGCGGCGGCCGAGGGAGCCGCGGACUCUCCCCGCGAUGAUGCCGAUGAUAUUAACCGUUUUCUUGAGCAACAAUGAACAGAUUUUAACAGAAGUUCCUAUAACACCAGAAACAACGUGUCGAGAUGUUGUAGAAUUUUGCAAGGAACCUGGAGAAGGCAGCUGCCAUUUAGCUGAAGUGUGGAGGGGAAAUGAACGUCCCAUACCCUUUGAUCAUAUGAUGUAUGAACAUCUUCAGAAAUGGGGUCCACGGAAGGAAGAAGUGAAAUUUUUCCUUCGACACGAGGACUCCCCAGCUGAGAACAGUGAACAAGGUGUCCGUCAGACCCAAGAGCAACGAACUCAGAGAAAUGUAAUAAAUGUACCUGGAGAAAAACGUACUGAAAAUGGGGUUGGGAAUCCACGUGUUGAACUUACCCUCUCAGAGCUCCAAGAUAUGGCAGCUAGGCAACAGCAGCAGAUUGAAAAUCAGCAGCAGAUGUUGGUUGCCAAGGAACAGCGUUUACAUUUUCUAAAGCAACAGGAACGCCGUCAGCAGCAGUCUAUUUCUGAAAAUGAAAAGCUUCAGAAAUUGAAAGAACGAGUUGAAGCCCAGGAGAACAAGCUGAAGAAAAUUCGUGCCAUGAGAGGACAAGUCGACUACAGCAAAAUCAUGAACGGCAAUCUGUCUGCUGAAAUAGAAAGGUUCAGUGCCAUGUUCCAGGAAAAGAAGCAGGAAGUACAGACUGCAAUUUUAAGGGUUGAUCAGCUUAGUCAGCAAUUGGAAGAUUUAAAGAAAGGAAAACUGAAUGGGUUCCAGUCUUACAAUGGCAAAUUGACAGGACCAGCAGCGGUGGAGUUAAAAAGACUGUACCAAGAACUACAGAUUCGUAACCAGCUUAACCAGGAACAAAAUUCAAAACUUCAGCAGCAGAAGGAACUCUUAAAUAAGCGCAACAUGGAGGUGGCCAUGAUGGACAAGCGAAUCAGUGAACUGCGUGAACGUCUCUAUGGGAAAAAAAUUCAGUUGAACCGUGUGAACGGCACGUCAUCACCACAGUCACCCCUGAGCACAUCUGGCAGGGUCGCUGCUGUGGGGCCUUAUAUCCAGGUUCCCAGUGCCGGAAGCUUUCCUGUCCUGGGGGACCCCAUAAAGCCCCAGUCUCUCAGUAUUGCCGCAAAUGCUGCUCAUGGAAGAUCCAAAUCCGCUAAUGAUGGAAACUGGCCAACAUUAAAACAGAAUUCUAGCUCUUCAGUGAAACCAGUGCAGGUGGCCGGUGCAGACUGGAAGGAUCCGAGCGUGGAGGGGUCUGUCAAGCAGGGCACUGUCUCCAGCCAGCCUGUGCCCUUCUCAGCACUGGGAGCCACGGAGAAGCCGGGCAUCGAGAUUGGUAAAGUGCCACCUCCCACCCCAGGUGUAGGCAAGCAGCUGCCUCCAAGCUAUGGGACAUACCCAAGUCCUACACCUCUGGGUCCUGGGUCGACAAGCUCCCUGGAAAGGAGGAAGGAAGGCAGCUUGCCCAGGCCCAGUGCAGGCCUGCCAAGUCGACAGAGGCCCCCCCUGCUGCCCACCACAGGCAGCACCCCCCAGCCAGGCUCCUCACAGCAGAUUCAGCAGAGGAUUUCCGUACCGCCAAGUCCCACGUACCCGCCAGCGGGACCACCUGCAUUUCCAGCUGGGGACAGCAAGCCUGAACUCCCACUGACAGUGGCCAUUAGGCCCUUCCUGGCUGAUAAAGGGUCAAGGCCACAGUCUCCCAGGAAAGGACCCCAGACAGUGAAUUCAAGUUCCAUAUACUCCAUGUACCUCCAGCAAGCCACACCACCUAAGAAUUACCAGCCGGCAGCACACAGCGCCUUAAAUAAGUCAGUUAAAGCAGUGUAUGGUAAGCCCGUUCUACCUUCGGGUUCAACAUCUCCAUCGCCGCUGCCAUUUCUUCAUGGGUCACUGUCCACGGGCGCACCACAGCCUCAGCCACCUUCAGAAAGUGCUGAGAAAGAGCCCGAGCAGGACGGCCCCGCCACCCCCGCAGAUGGCAGCACCGUGGAGAGCCUGCCACGGCCACUCAGCCCCACCAAGCUCACACCCAUCGUGCAUUCACCACUGCGCUACCAGAGUGACACGGACCUGGAGGCCCUCCGCAGGAAGCUGGCCAACGCACCCCGGCCCCUGAAGAAGCGCAGCUCCAUCACAGAGCCCGAGGGCCCCGGCGGGCCCAACAUCCAGAAGCUGCUGUACCAGCGCUUCAACACCCUGGCCGGUGGCAUGGAGGGCACCCCUUUCUACCAGCCCAGCCCCUCCCAGGACUUCAUGGGCACCUUGGCCGACGUGGACAAUGGAAACACCAAUGCCAACGGAAACCUGGAAGAGCUGCCCCCUGCCCAGCCCACAGCCCCCCUCCCUGCCGAGCCUGCCCCGUCGUCAGAUGCCAAUGAUAAUGAGCUACCUUCCCCCGAACCAGAGGAGCUCAUCUGUCCCCAAACCACCCACCAAACUGCCGAGCCGGCGGAGGACAAUAACAACAACGUGGCCACGGUCCCCACCACGGAGCAGAUCCCGAGUCCUGUGGCUGAGGCCCCGUCUCCAGGGGAAGAGCAGGUCCCUCCAGCACCUCUUCCCCCUGCCAGCCACUCUCCUGCCACCUCCACGAACAAGCGGACCAACUUGAAGAAGCCCAACUCGGAGCGGACAGGGCACGGGCUGAGAGUCCGGUUUAACCCCCUGGCACUGCUCCUAGAUGCGUCUCUGGAAGGAGAGUUCGAUCUGGUGCAGAGGAUCAUCUAUGAGGUGGAAGAUCCCAGUAAGCCCAACGACGAAGGGAUCACCCCACUGCACAACGCCGUCUGCGCCGGCCACCAUCACAUCGUGAAGUUCCUGCUGGACUUUGGUGUCAACGUGAAUGCUGCUGAUAGUGAUGGAUGGACGCCGCUGCACUGCGCUGCCUCUUGUAACAGCGUUCACCUCUGCAAACAGCUGGUGGAGAGUGGUGCCGCCAUUUUUGCCUCAACCAUAAGCGACAUUGAAACUGCUGCAGACAAGUGUGAGGAGAUGGAAGAAGGCUACAUCCAGUGCUCCCAGUUUCUAUACGGGGUGCAGGAAAAGCUGGGUGUGAUGAACAAAGGUGUGGUGUAUGCUCUGUGGGACUACGAGGCCCAGAACAGUGACGAGCUGUCCUUCCACGAAGGGGACGCCCUCACCAUCCUGAGGCGCAAGGACGAAAGCGAGACUGAGUGGUGGUGGGCUCGCCUUGGAGACCGGGAGGGCUACGUGCCCAAAAACCUGCUGGGGCUGUAUCCACGGAUCAAACCCCGACAGCGAACACUCGCCUGAACUUCCUUUUGGAGCACCGCAUGGUCUUGCCAGCUACCAGGAGCCACUGAAGAGAUUAUUGUGCUGUUUUCCCAGGAAAGCUGCAGCUAGAAAAUGGUCUUAAUGGUGCUCACUUUAGCAGACAGCGUCCACAAUGUGAAUCCUACAGUUUCCAGGUGAGGCCCUUUCUCCAGUUUGCCCGUAACUGGGAGAGGUACUUUCGCCUCCAAGGACUGAAUUUUGCCAAUUACUGUAAAUUCAAAUAAAUACCCGCUUUCAAAACACCCACCCCUCUUGCCAUUAAGAAGUCCCAUAACAGGCCGGGCGCCGUGGCUCACGCUUGUAAUCCCAGCACUUUGGGAGGCCGAGGCAGGCGGAUCACGAGGUCAGGAGAUCGAGACCACGGUGAAAACCCGUCUCUACUAAAAAUACAAAAAAUUAGCCAGGCGUGGUGGCGGCCGCCUGUAGUCCCAGCUACUCGGAGAGGCUGAGGCAGGAGAAUGGCGUGAACCCGGGAGGCGGAGCUUGCAGUGAGCCGAGAUCGCGCCACUGCACUCCAGCCUGGGGGACAGAGCGAGACUCCGUCUCAAAAAAAAAAAAAGUCCCAUAACCCCUGGUUGUUUGCCAGUGAAGACAGAAGCUCUGACUGACUUGGCCCCGAGGCCAUCACCCCUCCAGCAGUGAGCACUGUCCGCCGCUGUGAGCCCUGCCUCCUGUCACCGAACCGGACGUUCAUCCUCUCACUCCCCACACAUGAUCCUUCUUCCCUUCAUCACCAAAGGAGCCUCUGUAUGGAAACAUGUCAGUGUUGCUGCCCAGUGUGUAUGCCUCCCAGCAACCACUCUGCUCGGCCGCCUUGGGGGUUCCGCUUCCUGUUCCAGUUCACCUAAAGGCUGAUUGUGCAGGUCCAGCACUGUGGCUGGACUGCCGCGCCACGGGCACCAGGACCCCUAAGACCAAGUGACAAUUGGGAGAGCCUCAGCAUAUACUCUUCUCCUCCGAUCUCACAGCCUGUCAUGCUGCUCAGUGUGGUUCUCACCCCUGCAAGCUCGAAUUCAGUGCUCUGAAUAGAGUCAGGUGCUGGAGGCCGUGGCAGCAGAGGGGUGGGUAGGGGUUGGGGUUGGGGCUGGGGGUGGACUGGUGUGAGGGCAGACCAGGGCCAGGUAGACGGGGCUGUUUGGUGCCUGAAGGAUGGCAGACGCCUGGUGUCAGGAGGGGCCGCCACCAAGGGGCAGCAGCUGGGGCAGAGGAGCUGGGGUCAGGGGCCACCCCUCUCUGCUGAUCUGCCUGCCUGGGCUGGCUGUGAGGCCACCACCUUUGUCCCAGGCCCAGUUUCAAGGCAAGGAGGGCGCUUCACUGAGGUGUGAAUUGUACGUACAGGCUUUUUAUAUACCAAAAGUAUUUUUUGACUAGACCAUUCAAAGCUACCUGAACUAUGUUGGAAAUUUUUUUUUCUCAUUAAAAUACAGGCCCUUAGGCUCUAUUUUUCAUGUAUGAGUCGUGUGUGUAAUUUAUGUAAAAAUGCGUGUAUAGAGUCACUGAUGCAGCACUGUAGCCCAUCGCCUUGGAGCAUCGACUGUACAUAGUGUGGUGAAGCAAAGUGAACGCCAUUGUAGAGCAGCGUGGCCACUGCCAGCCCCGACGCUGCUGACGCUGUGUAAAUGUGCACAAUAAACUCGUCUCACCCCA